UUUAUUGUUAUGUGUCAUGAAAGACAUCAGUUGUAUGGAAUCCUUGUUUGGGACAAACGAGAUGGAUCCAACCCAAAAACAAUUUCCAUAGACUAGACGUAUGCUCUUGGAUACGACAACAACCUCGUAACCACAAAAUCUUGAGGUUUGUGAAUGAUUACCUCACUUUCGAAACAAAGUUUUUGGGGAAAUACUUACUUUUACGCUCAAGAAAAAGCAACGGUGGAAGGAGAAGGAAUGGAAGAGGUCGACGUAGAUACAACGUAUCUUCCAGUUUUUCUACUCUGUUUUGAUUUUACAGCAGAGAGAUUUGGACCGCGUCUUCCUCUUCCGUUUCACUCUCAUGAUAACUCUCAUGAUGAAGAGAUUGUGUCUCUAUUCUGUGUCAAAGAGGAGCAGCUCGCUGUGUUACAUCAAAACUUUGCUAGAUGCUUGGAGAUUUGGAUUACCACCAAGAUCGAGCCUAGUGCGGUGUCUUGGAGCAUGUUUUUGAAAGUGGAUAUGAGACCACUCACUGGCUUUAAGUGUCAUGUUGAAGCUGGGAGUUUCUUUGUUGACGAGGAGAAGAAAGUCGCCAUGGUUUUCGAUCUAGACGGACGUAAAAAGACCGAGACUUGCCGCUACCAGACAGCUCACAUCAUUGGACAAGAUGGAUACUUCAAAUCUGUGAAUAUCCGAGAAGCACAGAAUCUCGGGAAACCUGACAUAUUUGGAUACACUCCUUCCAUUUAUUGUGUCCCACUUGGAUAUACAUAA